UGCAGCACACUUUGGAUGUCAGUUUGGAGUUGCACUGCAAUCUUCCACACCUGGAAGAAGCACAAUGCCGCGAUUCACAGUGCAUGUCAGGGAUGAGUGGCUGACUGUCCCCUGCAGGGACCUGUCCUGCACAGUGCAGUGGCUGGGUCUCGAGGCGCUGAAACGAUACAUAAAGAACAAGCCGGAUAACGGGGGCAUCGGCUCCGUGCAAGAGACGAGUUUCUAUGUAAGAAGAUGUCAAGGGCAAGGGCUGCUGGACGCGGAUGACACUUUGGAAGAUACGCUGGAAGACAAUGAUUUUGUAGAAAUUGUAAUCGACGGGGAUACCAUGUCUCCAGAUUUCAAUCCGUCCCAGCCAGGAAGCGGUCAUCUUAAUAGCCCCUAUCGAGAACCAAAUGAAUAUAUUUUGUUGGACGGGAACAAUCUUACAAGCACUGAUCUGGUCAAUUUAGGAAAGGCUCUCUACAUGAUUAAGCUCACCCCAGAAGCUGAAAAGAAGGUCGGACAGUCAAGGGCACUUAUAGAGAACAUAGUGACAGAAAACAAAGUUGUGUAUGGAAUCACAACAGGGUUUGGAAAAUUUGCUCGAACAGUCAUCCCAAAUAGCAAACUCAAGGAACUACAGGAGAAUUUGGUUCGCUCUCAUUCGGCAGGUGUUGGCAAGCCACUGAGCCCUGAGCGCUCCCGAAUGCUCCUGGCUUUGAGGAUCAAUGUUUUGGCCAAAGGCUACAGCGGCAUUUCCUUGGACACUCUCCAUCAGAUGAUUGAAGCCUUCAAUGCUUCCUGCCUCUCCUAUGUGCCAGAGAAGGGGACGGUUGGAGCCAGCGGAGACCUCGCCCCUCUGUCUCACCUGGCUCUGGGACUGAUGGGAGAAGGCAAGAUGUGGUCACCCAAGAGUGGCUGGGCGGAUGCCAAAUAUGUUUUGGAGGCCCAUGGAUUGAAACCUAUAUCACUGAAGCCUAAAGAGGGGCUGGCGCUCAUCAAUGGAACCCAGAUGAUCACGUCUCUGGGUUCGGAGGCGGUCGAGAGAGCCCUGGCUAUCGCCAGACAGGCUGACAUCAUCGCAGCUCUGACACUGGAGGUCCUGAAGGGAACCACAAAGGCCUUUGACAGUGACAUCCAUGAGCUGCGCCCCCACCCUGGGCAGAAAGAGGUGGCUUUCAGGUUCCGAUCUCUUCUGGAUUCAGAUCACCACCCCUCUGAAAUUGCAGAAAGCCACAGGUUCUGUGACAGAGUUCAGGAUGCAUAUACUUUACGCUGCUGCCCUCAGGUCCAUGGAGUGGUGAACGACACAAUUGCUUUUGUUAAGAAUAUCAUCGACACAGAGAUUAACAGCGCCACAGACAACCCUAUGGUAUUCGCAGAAAGAGGCGAAACCAUUUCAGGAGGAAAUUUUCAUGGUGAAUACCCAGCUAAAGCUCUAGACUACCUUGCGAUUGGUGUGCAUGAACUCGCUGCAAUAAGCGAGAGAAGAAUUGAACGUCUGUGUAACCCUUCUCUCAGCGAGCUCCCAGCAUUUCUGGUCUGUGAAGGGGGUCUAAACUCAGGUUUUAUGAUUGCUCACUGCACAGCUGCCUCCUUGGUUUCAGAGAAUAAAGUGCUGUGCCACCCCUCAUCUGUGGACUCCCUGUCCACCAGCGCUGCCACUGAGGACCACGUGUCUAUGGGGGGCUGGGCUGCCAGGAAAGCCCUCAAAGUGAUUGAACAUGUAGAGCAAGUUCUUUCCAUAGAGCUACUUGCAGCCUGCCAAGGGAUUGAGUUUUUACGCCCCCUGAGAACUACCACGCCAUUGGAGAAGGUCUAUGACCUUGUGCGCUCUGUUGCAAAGCCUUGGAUUAGAGACCGCUUCAUGGCUCCAGAUAUUGAAGCUGUUCACAGGCUGCUUUUGGACCAAAAGAUAUGGAAAGUGGCUCAUCCUUACAUUGAAAAAUAUAGAAUGGAACACAUCCCUGAAUCCCGGCCAGUCUCACCAACUGCCUUUGUGCUCGAUUCUCCAGUAUCACCACGCAAACGUCUUCGCAAUGAGUGUGAUCACUGAUGUAGCGUGGGAGAACCCGCUACCCGUCUUAUCACUGUUAUUUAUCUACCACUUUUAACACUGCUUUAGAAUAAUACUUUACAGUAUAAACACUGGUAAAUGAAAAAAAUGCCCAAAUGUAUCUACAUAUACUUAAACUACAUAUCCUGUAUGAGUUUAUUAAUGAAGAUAAAGCUUGCUGUGAAGACAAAAGUAUGGUUUCUACCUCAGUUAAGACUGUGUAAAGGUUGAUGUGUGAUCGAAAUGGGUCAAUAAAUAUAAAAAUCUAAAUUGAGGAUUUAAAAAUUUAAAA